AUGGCGUCAUGUCACUCUUCCAAACGCACUUCCAUAGACCAGGUAGCCAUUAACAGGAAGGCUGCUCCUUCAGAGAAGCCUGGUAUGAUGCUCAAAUUCAUACCAGUGGACCUAAAGGAAGAGUCCCACCAGGAUGCCAGUUUGCCUCCUCCCUGGCCUACAGGAUGUUCGCCCAUGCAGGACGGUGCUUUUCUUAUUCCCUAUACCCUCUUCUUAAUCAUUGCUGGAAUGCCCCUGUUCUAUAUGGAAUUAGCACUGGGACAAUAUAACCGAGAAGGGGCUGCCACUGUGUGGAAAAUCUGUCCAGUUUUCAAAGGUGUAGGCUAUGCAGUGAUACUCAUAGCUCUUUACGUGGGUUUCUACUACAACGUUAUCAUAGCUUGGUCUCUGUAUUAUCUAUUUUCAUCAUUCACAUUUGAGCUUCCCUGGACAAACUGCGACAACAGUUGGAACAGCCCAAACUGUACAGAUCCCAAACUCUUCAAUGCAUCAGUGCUUGGCAAUGGUACCAAAUACUCGAAAUACAAGCUCACUCCUGCAGCUGAAUUUUAUGAGCGAGGACUUCUGCACCUGCAUGAAAGCCGUGGAAUCCAUGACCUUGGUUUGCCUCGCUGGCAACUUUCCCUCUGCCUCUUGGUGGUGGUAAUCAUUCUAUUCUUUAGUCUGUGGAAAGGCGUGAAGACUUCAGGAAAGGUUGUUUGGAUAACGGCCACUUUGCCUUAUGUUGUAUUAUUUGUCUUGUUAAUACAUGGAAUAACCCUGCCUGGUGCAUACAAUGGAAUAAAUGCAUACCUGCACAUAGAUUUCAGAAGAUUAAAAGAAGCCACGGUAUGGAUUGAUGCAGCUACUCAGAUAUUUUACUCCUUAGGAGCCGGGUUUGGUGUUUUAAUUGCAUUUGCCAGUUACAAUAAAUUUGACAACAACUGUUACAGGGAUGCUUUGCUGACGAGUACCAUUAAUUGUGUCACAAGCUUCAUCUCAGGAUUUGCAAUUUUCUCCAUAUUGGGCUACAUGGCUCAUGAGCACAAAGUUAAAAUUGAGGAUGUAGCCACUGAAGGAGCCGGUUUAGUUUUCAUCCUGUAUCCAGAGGCAAUUUCAACUCUUUCAGGAUCUACAUUUUGGGCUGUAGUAUUCUUCAUCAUGCUCCUUACUCUUGGCAUCGACAGUUCGAUGGGCGGAAUGGAGGCUGUCAUCACUGGCUUGGCAGAUGAUUUCCAAAUUCUGAAGCAGCACAGAAAACUCUUCACCUUUGGUGUUUCUUUUGGCACCUUCCUAGUUGCUCUUUUUUGCAUCACCAAUGGUGGAAUUUAUGUGCUCACGCUUCUGGACACAUUUGCAGCUGGAACUUCGAUAUUGUUUGCUGUUCUAAUGGAGGCAAUUGGAGUCUCCUGGUUUUAUGGUGUGGACAGAUUCAGCGAAGAUAUCCAACAAAUGAUGGGCUUCAAGCCAGGCCUCUACUGGAGACUGUGCUGGAAAUUUGUUAGCCCUGCUUUUUUAUUGUUUGUCGUGAUAGUCAGUAUAAUAAAUUUCAAGCCUUUGACCUACGAUGACUACACCUUCCCUCUCUGGGCAAAUCGCAUUGGCUGGGGAAUAGCAUUAUCUUCAAUGAUACUUGUGCCUGCCUAUAUUAUCUAUAAAUUUAUGAGUGUGCGUGGGACCUUUAAAGAAAGACUAGCUUACUGCAUCACACCUGAAAAUGAGCACCAACUCGUGGCCCAAGGAAAUGUCAGGCAGUUUAAGCUUCAACACUGGCUAACAAUAUGACAACCAACAGGUUGAGGAAAAAGCCAGUAUGUUAAGUUAAAAUGGGAGUACAGAAAAGUCAAGUUCAAAGCUCCCUCGAUUAUGCUUGGACCAGGCUGGCUCAGAGCUUAUCUACUGACUCUUUGAAGGAAGACAUCUGCUCUCUGUUCUCAGUGCCUCCCUUCUAUUACUUGGCUUCAAACGAUCUUUAAAGACUCCAGUUAUUUUUUCAUAUAUCCUUUGGUGCCAUGAGAUCCCUACAUGACCAAAACUUGUGAGUUUUGCUACUGACAGAAGUGGAGGAAGGGG